AUGGCACUUUGGCGCAGUUUCAGCUCUGUGGGUCGAUCCUUCCUUGGAAACGUGGUCCGCGACAGUUUUCCAUGGGCUACAAAUACUCGCCGAUUGUUUGUCAGUGGUCAUAUUUUUCAUCCAAAAACCACUGAGCAAAAUCUUGUCUUUCAUGUUCAUCCUUCACCAUGGCUUUCGUUAAAUCGGUACAGCACCAUAUUCACGUCCCUCCCGGCGGAUCAGCUUUGGGAAGGUGUGACUGGGCCACGUGGAAGCACCAAGAAGCGAGCACGUGGCAAACGGCGAGUCACACGUCCCAAGAUUGAUCUACACCGAGGUCAACGCCUAGGAAUGGGAAAAGAAUCCAUGGAGUGGCCAGGACUAAAUGUGCCUCUUCUCGACAAAACGGUCGUACGUUCAAUCAAAAAGACCGAAGUCAAUGAAGAUUACUUCAAACGUCUGAAUGAUUUGCGCAAUAAAUCAGCAAUCAAGAAGAAGCGUAUCAAGCUUCCUCCGCUGCUUCGUGGCUGGACAGGAUCAAGAUUGGAAGGACAGUCCAUUGGUCCACCGUCACCCGACUAUCCCGAGUUCGAUACUCGAGUAAUUGAGAUGAAGGUGAGAUCCUUUGCUUACCACCGGUGUUCGUUUCGUCGUGGUCAUUACAAGCAUUCUGCGAAAUUCGCCAUAGUAAACAUUGCUAACCGUUGCCAGACUCUCAAUGAAUAUAUAUUGAAAUAA